GAUAAGUACUUGCAGGAGGGUAACGCUUUAAGUUACUGCGUGGUACUACAGCGGAGCACAGUACAGCACGGUACAGGAGUGUGUCACUGGCUAUGUGGCCUCUGCCUGUCCUCCCCCUAGCGGCGCGGCGGGGCUCGCGCCAAAGCGUCAAGGUUACCAGUCAACGCCGGCGUCUCGCGGCGCUCCGGUGCGAGGGAAGCGGCGCGCGCGCGCCGUUCACACCUGUUAACACCUGGAACAUGGAGGAGCUUGCGCGCGGGGCGGCAGACGGCGAGAGCGGCCGCGCGGACGGAGCCUCGACGGCGCCACCCGGCCGGGAGGAAGAGGUCCGAGUGGAGCUUCUCCACGUCGACGGAGAGGAGGACGACGAGGACGAGGACGAGGAGGAGGAGCAGCGGGAGCUCGGAGCCGAGAGACUCCAUCUGAAGCGGCGGGAUGCGGGAGCGGAGCGCGCGGGGGGGCCGCCCCGCAGGUGUCCGCGCGGCUCCCUCGUCGCGUGCUGGGGACGACAAAGUGAAAGUUGCGCGGCGGAAGAGAGGGGAAGGAGGAGCCCUCACGGUCACCCCAAAGCAGACACAGAGAAGAAGCAGGCUUUCAGAGGCCUCGGACUGCUCUACGCUCUACUGGCGUCCGUCGUCUUCUCCAUCGUGGCCUUUAUUGUGAAGAAGGUCGAUGGCCUUCAUGCUGUGGAAAUCAGCGCGAUCCGGUGCUUCUUCCAGAUUACCUUCACCCUACCUGCCUUGAUUUAUUACAGGACUGGCUUCACUGGACCAAGAGGGCAACGGGUCUUUCUGUUUCUGAGAGGGUUUUUGGGGUCAAACGCCAUGAUCCUCUUGUUUUACGCCGUGCAGCAGAUGCCGUUGGCUGAUGCCACGGUCAUCUUUUUCAGCAAUCCCGUGUUCACCUCUGUGCUGGCUUGGAUCUUCCUGAAGGAGAAGUGCACGCUGUGGGACUUCGCCUUCACCCUCCUCACGGUGACGGGCGUCGUCUUAAUCGCCCGACCCCCGUUCCUCUUCGGGUCGGACGCCUCCUCGAUCGAAGACUACACCGACCACAUCAAAGGCACCGUUGCGGCGUUUCUGGGCGCCAUCGCGGCCGCCUGCACUCUCGUGAUUCUCAGGAAGAUGGGCAAAAACGUUCACUACUACCUGUCGGUGUGGUACUAUGCGGUCAUCGGCUUCAUCGAGUGCAUCAUUAUCCUCUUCGUCAUUGACAAGUGGACCGUUCCAUUCUGCGGCUGGGACAGGUGGCUCCUCAUGCUGAUCGGUUUCCUGGGGAUCGUCGGACAGACGUUCCUCACCAAAGCCGUGCAGAUCGAGAAGGCGGGGCCCGUGGCCCUCAUGAGGACUUUGGACGUAGUGCUCGCCUUCUUGCUCCAGUUCUUCUUCCUGGGCCGCGUGCCGACUUGGUGGAGCCUGGGCGGGACCCUGUGUGUGAUUGGCAGCACCACGGGCAUGGCCCUGAGAAAGUGGUACCGCAGUAAGAGGAAGGGCUGAGGGGGUGGCGACCGCAGCUGCAGCACCGCUCUAAACAAGAGAUUACUGUAGUGAAACAUUUUUUCACCGCACUGAACAAGAGAUUACUGUGCUCCUUUGGUGCUGUUAAUCAGUGUAAAUACCUUUCAGGGUGGUAAUUUGCAGUUCUUUCUUUGUUCAUCUCCUACAGGUGCAGCAGUGUAAUUUCACACUCUUACAAUUCCGCAGAAGCAAUAUGUAUUUCACGAUAUUACUCCCUUUGUAGAGUUGCACGCCUUUCUGAAGAGUUUCACUGCACUGUGGGUUUAUUAUAUAUUUUAUUUAAUUUUUUUUUUUUUUUUGCACUGCGAAAUAGGGCAUUGGAGAAUCGACCGUUUAACCGAAGCUAAAACCUCGGCUCGCGGCCUGUUCUUCCAUGAUAGGGUCUGGACCGCCAUGACCCUGCACGGGAUAAUGGUUAUAAAUAAUGGACAGAUGUUUGCAUACCGAAAGCUGUUUCAAUGAGAUGAAAGGAAAUUGCUCCAUUGUCCAGGAUGAGACACGCUGACUGGCGAAAGGCGUCUCGGGAGGCUCGAUCUCAGGCUUCUGCCGUAGGCUGUCCAGGCGUCAACCUUUAUACAGCCUUUCCUAAGCAAUAACUGGAGAUGUGCAAAUGUAACAGAGAGCACACGGAAUGUAUCAGUGUGACCCUUUUAUCCCACGUGUCUUGAGGGGGUGGGGGGGGGUGCGGUGGCGCAGUGGGUUGGACCUGGUC